AUGAGGGUGAAUAUCUACCUGCUCGUCUUAGUGCUUGGCUAUAAGGCCGCUGCAGGAAUAAUCCAUGAAAUAGUUGAAGAAAAGACACGGGUGUCUCUGCGAUGUCCUCACUCUGUGGAGGGAGACGUGACGUGGAGCAGAGAGAGGAAUGGAGACAAAACUGACAUACUGACAGUUAAUGGAGGCAGAGAAAUAAAACACAUACCGGGCAGUCGAUACGGUUCAUUAACUGAUAAGUCACUGUUCAUUGUAAAAGCUGUCGUCUCAGACUCUGGAAGAUACUUCUGUAACAAUGAAGCAGCUGCAGAUCUGACGGUGAUCCCAUCAGGAACAACUCUAGUCCCUGCUCCAGAGAGGACCAGCAUCACUCUGACAUGUCCUCAUGAUGUCGGAGCAUCACAUGUUCCAACAUGGACCAGAGACUCUGGUGGAAUACCACUAAGAAGGUUUGAUGAUUCCCCUGUUGACCAGACGUUGACUAUAACAGACGUGCAGCCUGGUGACUCCGGACUUUACUACUGUGAUGGAAAACCAGCUGUUUAUCUGAACGUGAUCAAAGGUCACGUGAUCGAAGAAGCAGAAGUAACAACUGUACCAUCAACUCCACCUCGGACUGAUAAAGAUACGACGACAACAAAGAAACAAAAAAACAAGAAGAAGAGAAUAAUCCAUGAAAUAGUUGAAGAGAAAGACACGGGUGUAUCUAGCGAUCCUCACUCUAUGGGAGAAUUGGGUGGCGUGGAGCAGGAGAGGAAUGGAGACAAAACUGACGUACGAGCAUUUAAUGGUGACCGAAAUAUAAAACACGUUGAUGACCGACACGAUACGGUUCAUUAG